CAAUUUUGUCCCUUCGUACUUUCCGUAUGAGGAGCUAACUUGCCGCAAGCGAUUCAUGCGAUGUUUACAUGAAUACAAAUCUUCAGUAACCGUCUUUAUCGUGUCUGGUGACAGCCAUUUGCUAAUUAACCACCUUUAUCACGUAACGUCUCUUCGAGAAUAGAAUAGAUGGCAGACCAUGCCCCUUCUGUUGCCAUGGAGGCCGUCCUCAAGACCAGUUGCGAGCUCCCAGACGACACGCCGAAGAUCAGAGGCUACGACUUCAAUCAGGGAGUCGACCUCCAGGCAGUGCUGAAGUCCUACCUCACCACGGGCUUUCAGGCCAGCAGCUUGAGCUUAGCCAUCCAGGAGAUCAACCACAUGAUAGAGAAGCGUCUUGAGCCAGUGGAGGCGAAUGAAGGAAAUGAGUGUAAAGAGUCGGGUGAAUCCGCCCACAAGCCAGGCUGCACCAUCUUCCUGGGUUACACCUCCAACCUCAUCAGCUCUGGAGUCAGAGAGAGCAUCCGCUACCUGGCAGAGCACAAAAUGGUUGAUGUGAUUGUUACCACAGCUGGAGGCAUCGAGGAGGAUUUGAUCAAGUGUCUAGCUCACACCUACUUGGGAGACUUCAGCCUGCCUGGCAAGGAGCUCCGCCUGAGAGGGAUUAAUAGAAUAGGGAACCUCUUGGUGCCCAACGAUAACUACUGUAAGUUUGAAGACUGGCUGAUGCCCAUCCUGGACCAGAUGUUGCUGGAGCAGAACACAGAGGGCACCCGUUGGACUCCCUCCAAGAUGAUCCAUCGGCUUGGCAAGGAGAUCAAUAAUACUGACUCCGUCUACUACUGGGCAUACAAGAAUAAUAUUCCUGUGUUCAGUCCUGCUCUGACAGAUGGCUCUCUGGGUGACAUGAUCUACUUCCACUCUUUUAAGAAACCUGGUUUGGUAUUGGACAUAGUGGAAGAUAUCCGCAAGUUGAACAGCCAGGCGGUGUUUGCCAAAAGAACGGGAAUGAUCAUCCUGGGAGGAGGGCUGGUCAAACAUCACAUAGCCAAUGCUAAUCUUAUGAGGAAUGGAGCUGACUAUGUAGUGUAUGUCAACACUGGUCAGGAGUUUGACGGCUCUGACUCUGGGGCCAGACCUGAUGAGGCCGUAUCCUGGGGCAAGAUCAGAACAGAUGCCAGACCCGUCAAGGUGUACGCAGAUGCCUCCGUGGUCUUCCCUCUGAUAGUGGCUGAGACCUUCGCUCUCCAUGCCGACAAGCUGACCGCCGGCAAGAAAGCAGAUUAAACUGUUACGUCCUUAAAUGCUCCUUUUAGAAACAACAGCCAGCUUUGCUGCUGUGGUUCUCCCUUUGUUUUUCCUAAUUGAACAUAUGAGUUUGAUCUUCCGAACCUUCCCAUUGAAAAUACAUGGUUACGACUUGGCAACUGUAAGAGGCAGCAUUGUGAUGUUGUCACACAUACAAUGCUGCAAUUGAAAACCUUAUUGAACGGGAAGCGAUGGAGGGUCCUAAUGCUUUCGGUAGCAAUAUUUACUUGUUUCAAAAAGAACAGAUUUUUUUCCUCUGUCCUCUGUCAUGGGCUUAGCAUGGUAUAGCAUGCACCAAAGAGACUGUCGAGAAUGCAUCAGGUUUUAGCGGUGGUGUGUUUGUCUGACUGUGUGUGUGUGUGUGUGUGUGUGUGUUGGGGGGGAAUAGAUGCGCACUCACGAGGCAGUGUUUUUUUUUUAGCCACGAGUUUUAAUUUAUUUCAGUUCAGCUGUGGCCAGCCAUGCAGUGGCGUCACUUGAAUAUUACCUUAUUGCUUCUCAGUUUUUAUACAAUCUAGAUCUUGCUGUCACUGUUUCAGGAGGAAAGAUGUGCCUGUAUAGCUUAAUAAAUCAUAAAGUUAUCAUUUCUUCCUGUAUUUAAAGGGGUUUUAGUGGAAAUUAUAAAUAGUCUUUGUGCACUAAGUGUGUGUGAGAAGGCACAAGGGGUCCAUCAUGUGACACUUCUUUUCACAUGACUGUGUUGGUGAUCUUUGUUGUGUACAAGAUUUUAAAAAUGAUUAAAUUUUUAUUACAGGGCACUGCUGAUCUAUGAUAAAAAAUAAUGAUUAGAAUAUUAAAUAUUUAGUUUAAAGCUCCUCAGUUGCAUUUUGAAUAUGUGUCCCAACAAAAAGAUGAACGACUAGUAGCUGGAACAAGUGUCGCUAUUGUCACUGAGCUACACUCAUGAUUGGCGGCAAACUUGCUAAACUACAAUCCACGAGUGGCAAGUGCCACUCCGGAGCUUAAUGAAGGUUUGGUGCGAACGCCUCCGGUCAGAUCCUCCCCUAGAAUCCCCUGAGGGGAUCAUAAGAGCAUCGCAAUGUAUGCGUGUGUGGUUAGUGCUUGCUCAUACAAAGACACAGUUUUCACCCACCCAGGCAGAGUGCACUCAGUGUAGGUGGGACUCUCCGCUGUCUCCCUUUCUGCUGUCAGCAGAAUCAACCACAUAAUCUAGUAACAAUGAUAAAUACAUUUCCCAUCACUAUUUAUGAGUCUGCUAUUGUGGGAAUGGAUAUUUCCUGUGGCUAAUCACUGCUCCCAUAUCCUCUACACAGUCACUGAUAUAUUCACAGCUUAUAGUUGCACUCCUUGGAAACGAAAUGUGGGUAGUUUUUGAAUCAAAAGUGCCUAUAGUAUA